AUGGCUUGCUACGAAACUGUUAAGUCCGUUGUUGAUUUCAUCAAGACCAAAGUGGAUGUGGCACCCCAAGUGGCCAUCAUCUGCGGUUCCGGAUUGGGCACGUUGGCUGAAGUCGUGACUGACAAGACUAUCAUCAAGUACGAGGAGAUUGAACAAUUCCCCAAGAGCACUGUCGUCGGUCACGCUGGUAACCUUGUUUUCGGAAAGCUCGGUGGCAAGGAUGUAGUUGUCAUGCAAGGAAGAUUCCACCCCUACGAGGGCUACUCGAUGAGCCAGGUCACGCUGCCAGUUCGCGUGUUCAAACUCCUCGGUGUCGAAACCCUGAUUGUGACCAAUGCUGCCGGUGGUCUCAAUCCCAAGUUCGCAGUUGGCGACAUGAUGAUCAUCAAGGAUCACAUUAGCAUGCCUGGUAUGACUGGAAUGAACGCUCUGGUUGGGAAGAAUGAGGAGAAAUUUGGCACCCGUUUCCCCAAUAUGCAAGAUCUCUACACCAAGAGUCUGCGUGAACUCGCCAAGAAGGUUGCUGAAGAAUUGGAGAUUACGGAGUACCUGAAGGAGGGCAUCUACUGUGCUGAGAUCGGGCCAACAUAUGAGACUCCUGCUGAGGCUCGUUUCCUGCGAAUGAUUGGUGCUGAUGCAGUUGGUAUGAGCACUGCUCAUGAGACCACCAUUGCAAAGCAUGCUGGCAUGAAGGUGUUCGCCAUGUCUCUCAUAACCAACAAUGUUGUGACGAGUGAGGAUAGUGAUGUGCUAACUAACCACGAGGAGGUGCUUGCAACAUCUGCCAAACGAGCUGAAACCAUGAAGAGCUUUGUUGAACGACUCGUUGAAAGCUUGUAA